CUUUGAUUCAGACAAUAGCCUCCAAUUCAAAUAUUAGUCUCCAGCUUCAGCUCAUUGUGCCAAAAAUAGCAUAAAUCACAUCAUUGAAUAAACAUGUGAACUGAUAAAUUUACGUGUAAUUCUCUCAACACUAGAGAAUGUUAUUCCUCUUCACAUCGUUGGACCUAGGUGUUGUUUUGUUCACCUUAUUGUUUUUGUGCAUUACUUAUUCUUAUCCAAUCAGGUUAUAAAGCACACUGUGUUAUAUACUACAUCUAUCCAAUCAGUCUCACUACUUCGUCUGUUAUUCGAUUGAAACUCUUUCAGAUGGAACAAAAUGCAAAUAGCAUUGAGGGAGAGGAGGUAAGUAUUUUUCUUUUUUUAUGGUUGUGCUUAAAGUUACCUUUGCAUUUUAUUUUAACAGUCUGUCUGUUUUUUUUCUAAUUCGAUGUAUAUAUAUUUUAUUGCAAGAGAUCCCUUAUCCCACACAUGGUUUAUCUGUCAAUGUGUUGCAAUAUCAGUGAAGAAAAGUACUGAAAGCAAUUGGUCACCCUUUGAUCCCAAACUCUCAUCAGAAUAAAAGCAUUCGCUUGAUCAGUAUGCCAAUGCCUUGGGGUUUUCGGUCCAAGAUGCUUUGGAGUACUGAGUGGCCGCACUUAGAGGUGAUGGAAAUUUCCGCAUACCAAGGAACAAGAGGGAUCCAAACAUCAUGUCAUUUCAGAUGACCUCCAGGUGUAAUUUCCCGUUUUUUCUAACAACUGCUUAUAUUUUGUCGUUUUUUGCAGGUCUUUAUUAAUGAGAGCAUCCUUUUUAUAUUGAUAAUGAUUGCCAUGAUUAUUGUUUGAUGAAGUUACUAUUGGUUCUUCAUUCCAUGAAUAUACACAAGGUCUUUUAAAUUAUGAUGCUUCAGAUUAAGUAAUAAUUUCUGUUUUUUUUUUUUGCAUUCUUCCCACUAAAGUGCUCUUUGGUUAUUUUGUGCUACGAAUGAGAUUGUUUCUGCCCCAGUUGAUACCUCAUUCACCCCCCCCCCCCUGUUGAUCCGGAUACUGAAGUGACUGGUACUAAGACCAGUUUACUUCAUGCUGUUGAUGCCUCAAACCUUACAGAUUGUGCCACAGUUAACCUUAAAUACACUGCUACUUUCUUUAGCCCCAACUCAAGCUCUUGUGGCUUCUGAUCAAUAUGCCCCUGAUGUUGAUCUUUUUACUUCUGUUGUCUCUGAUCUCCCUCAAAGUGAGGCCCCGGUUGUUGCUUGUUCACUACAGGAUGAUAUCGGUGUCAAUUCAGUGCAGGUUGAUACCUAUAAAGUACCCACUGAUAUCACUCAGAGUGAGGACACAAUAGUUGCCUUUUCAUUCAGGGAUACCCCUGAAAUACAUGUUGCCAGUCCAAAAAGCCCCUAAUGUUGAUACCCUUAUUGAUGUUGUUGUUAC